AUGGGCAGCGGCGGCUGGCGUAUUUUCUUCCCACUUGCCGGUCAGCCCGCCGCCGCCGACGACGACGACUACGACGACUACGACGACGACGACGACGACGACGACCGCGGCGGCGGCGGCGGCGGCGGCGGCGGCGGCGGCGGCGCUGACUUGUGGUUGUUUGUCGGUUGGCCAGCGGAGCGUCCGGGAUUGGUGCGCUCCGUGCGGUACGUACUCAAUAAUGCCUACUUGCUGGAGGAAGGUCGAGCGGUCGAAGCUAAGGCCGCCGCUAGCGCGCUGUCCUCAACGCCCGCCCCUCUCGCAGGCAGCAAAAUGCUAGCCUCCACAUCCAUCACGAAGUGA